AUGAUCAUCAAAGAAAAAAUCUGUCGUGUUGUUAGCUCACCUGAGGCAGUUCACCACACCCAGUACCUGCGUGAUAUUUUCCCCUCUCGUCUACUGAACGUUAAGCCCGGCCCAGCUGUGUCACCCGGCCCAGCUGUGUCACCCGGCCCAGCUGUGUCACCCGGCCCAGCUGUGUCACCCGGCCCAGCUGUGUCACCCGGCCCAGCUGUGUCGCCCGGCCCAGCUGUGUCACCCGGCCCAGCUGUGUCACCAGCAGCUGUGUCACCCAGCCCAGCUGUGUCACCCGGCUCAGCUGUGUCACCAGCUCAGCUGUGUCACCCGGCCAGCUGUGUCACCCGGCCCAGCUGUGUCACCCAGCAGCUGUGUCACCCGGCCCAGCUGUGUCACCAGCAGCUGUGUCACCCGGCCCAGCUGUGUCACCAGCAGCUGUGUCACCGGCCCAGCUGUCACAUGCACCCAGCCCAGCUAUGUCACCCAGCAGCUGUGUCGCCCAGCACUGUGUCACCCGGCCCAGCUGUGUCACCAGCCCAGCUGUGUCACCCGGCCCAGCUGUGUCACCCACAGCUAUGCACCCGGCCCAGCUGUGUCACCCAGCUCAGCUGUGUCACCGGCCCAGCUGUGUCACCCAGCUCCAGCUGUGUCACCCAGCCCAGCUGUGUCGCCCAGCCCAGCUGUGUCACCCGGCCCAGCUGUGUCACCCAGCAGCUGUGUCGCCCGGCCCAGCUGUACCCACCAUGGAACACCGCUGCGGGCUGGUGA